AAUAGUCAAGACUCGUCUGUCUCGUGUGUCCUAGGAAAAAAACAGUUGAUCUGCAGAAAUUAAUCCAAUCUUCCACUCAAAUUCAAACCCUAAAAAGAUAAUAUUUUAUUACUCCACCACUUGACCACUCAUCAAAAAUACCCCAUCUUUCUCCCUCUACAGUUAGAAAGAGAAGAAAAAAGAAAAGUUCAAUGGCAUCGAUGGACUGGUUUUUUUUCAUCAAAAAAUACCAGUAAUGGAGUCUAGCGGAAAAACCCACGUGGGAAAAAGCAAGAAAAAUCCACAUUGGUAAAUAUUUAUGCAAUGGGGAAAGUAGAGGGCGAGCAGCCAUUGCCAAUUACAAGUCUCGAUGCUCAGAGUACAACUCCAAAUUCAGAGAACAGAAAUAGGGGUUGUUUGAAUUGUAGCAGGCUUACGAAGGUGGUGACUUUUCGAUGUGUUUUUGUUUUGGUACUCGGUUUUGCAGUUCUUUUGUCUGCUUUUUUUUGGAUGCCAUUCUUUCACUUCGGAGAUAGAAAAGACUUGGAUCUGGAUUAUCAAGGUUAUAACAUAGUGGCAAGUUUUAUGCUUAAUCAGUCGGCUUCUUUUCUUAAAGACUAUAUCUUGCAACUUCAGAAUGACAUUUUUGAUGAAAUAAGCUUCUCCACAACUAAAGUGGAAAUAUUACCUUUACGACCGUUAAAUGGAUUAAACAUAACAAAGGUUGUAUUUGCUGUUGAUUCUGAUGUGACUACCCAAAGUUUAAUAAGAGACUCCUUUGUAUCUUUAGUUACACACCAAUCAUUUUUUCAUUUGAGUACAUCUUUUUUUGGCGAUCCAUUUUCUUUCGAGGUGCUGAAAUUCAAAGGAGGAAUUACUGCCAGUCCUGAACAGAAGGCAUUUCUUAUGCAGAGAAUUCAGAUCCUUUUCGACUUUACCUUGAACUUCUCCAUUGAUCAAAUACUAUAUAAUUUCGACGAACUUACGAGCCAACUGAAGUCGUGCUUACAUCUUGCUCCGUAUGAGAACUUGUAUGUUAGCCUGACAAAUCAUAAAGGUUCAACGGUGGCUCCACCCACAACAGUUCAGUCUCGGGUUGUCUUGGCUGUGGGUAUUAAUCCGUCAAAGUCGAGGUCGAAGCAGUUAGCUCAGACCAUUACUGGUUCUCGUACUGCAAAUCUUGGCUUAAAUAACACUGUAUUUGGUCGGGUUAAGCAAGUUCGUCUUUCAUCCGGCAUUGUUAGCAGUGAUGGAAGUGGUACCUCACCCUCGCCCUCUCCAUCUCCAUCUCCAUCUCCUUCUCCUGGUCCUUCAUCAGAAUCUCACCACCACCGCCACCGCCGCCACCACCAUCACCACCACCACCACCACCACCACCACCAUGAUGCCAGUGUUGUUCCUGGUAUUUCACCUGCACCGGCAAUGGGAAAAAGUGGAUUUAUAACAGGUAAAGUCUCCCCAGAAUCUGCACCAGCGCCUACACCUGUGCCAAUGAAGAGUCGAGUAGCAGAGCCUCCCAAUUUUCAUAAUGGUUACAGAAAUAGAUUCCCCUGGAAGCCCAAUAGGAGUUCUCAUGUGUCGCCGACUGCACCGCCGGUUUACGUGCCUCGAGCAGCUCCUUCACAACCCAAGCACACGUAUUCUCCAACACCUGAAAUACCUCCAGUUCCUGUUGCAAGCCCAUUACCAAAUGUCGCAUAUUCUCGUACUCAGCCCCCAUCAAAGGGUGAAUUCCAUGCAGGGCCUCCAGACGUAAUGCCCUUAGUUUCAGCCUCAUCAUUUCCAUGUAUCUUUUCCUCCAAUUUAUGGGCUCUCUUGCUGUUUCUACUCUUCGUAUUGCAUUUAUAGCAGCAGAACAAGAAUCAUUUUAUCACGGGUAUGAUGCCUGAAGGCUUGGGGAAUUCAUCUGUGUAUCAUUUUAUCCUAAUGAACAGAGCAAUCUGAUGGAAGUUUUAAGUGGGAGCAACGCCAAAAGGGCACGUCUCACAAUUGAGUCGAUAUAUGUUGUGUAAAUAUUGAUUAAUAACUGUGUCUAAAUCCCGUUCAGGUCAAUGUCACAAAGGUGAAGGGCCUGUUACAACUUGUGCUGUCAUUUUGUAGUGUACGAUAUCUUUUCUACGUAAAUUUAAGGAUGUAAAAUCUGCAAUUGUAAAACCUUAGCCUUCUGUUUCUAAUCUCCACAAGUUAUGAAUUUUCACAGCAAA